GGGCGCUACGGAAUGUGGGAAUUCCCCUGUCAAUGCGGAAAUGCCAAGACGAACUUUUACUUUGCAACGUUUGGUUUUGUUUGUCUCGCUGAUUAUUGAAAGACAGUGAACAGUGUCAACUUAAGUCGCAUGUGACUGAGAAUCAAAGAAGGAGGUAAAUCAACCUAGGCUGAACAAGAUUGCAGAGUAGGCCAAGUAAUCUCAGAACAAACUAUAUAUAGAUUAUAGCGCCUGAUGGUAGGAGACCUUGGACACUGUUAGUUCCCUCUGAAGACGAAGAGUAUGGAUGUUGAGUCUGAUGCUGUGGCUGAGCGUAGCUUCCAUGCUAUGUUGCUGAAGAUUGACAGUGAUCUCCACCAGGCAGAUCUGCAAGCCCUCAAGUUCCUCAUAAAGGACAAUUUGCCUAAAAACAAGCUGACGAAGAUGUCAACUGGACAUGAACUAUUUACAGCACUGGAGACCAGCAAGUUGAUAGAUACUUCAAACCGUUGGCUUUUGGUGGAAAUGUUCAAUAAAAUUGGGCGGCUUGAUCUUAUAGACUAUGUAGAUGAGGAAAUUACGGAGGAUUUGAAAAGUACUUAUCUGCCAACAGGGAAGAUUUCUGAUUACAGGUUGAUGCUAUUUGACACAGCACAGGAUUUAACAGGGGAGGACACAAAUAAACUGUCCUUCCUUCUUGAUAAAAUACCUAAGGCAAAGCGAGGCAAGGUGUCAUCAGGCCUUGACUUGGUCACGUUGAUGGAAGAAUCCAAGAUUAUCUCCCCUGUUAGUGUUGACAGACUCCGACAAAAUCUGGUGGCACUGACACGGCAAGACUUGGUGAGGAAGCUUGACCAAUAUACUGAACGGAGACACCAGAGGGGAUGUGUGACGGCUGCAGAAGCACCCCUGGGGGGGGUCUCAGGGAGUGAUGUGGUGAUGACUCCUACCGCCAACCCUGUGGCAGACAUGUGCCCUCCAUUUGGCCACACAGCACACAAUGGUGUGCCAGAGAGUUUUCGACUACAGAUCAGUGAAGACUUGUGUCAAGACAUGUAUUGCAACAAUUUGCCAGCAUUCUGGACACACCUUGGCUACAAAGAUGAUGACAUUAAGCGGCUACACUCAGGUUUACAGCAUUUCACUACUAGGGAAAGAAUACAGAAGAUGCUAGAGUGUGCACCAAGUCUCCAAAGUCUGGAAUACUCCCAAGCUUUAGUCAAACUUAUCUUUGCAAUACGUUUGGCAAACAUGAUUCAAUUGUCGAAACAACUGGAACUGCAAUUUAAAGCCUACUUGCCCAGAGAAAAGGAAUAUUAUCGGGGGCCCGGAGUGAAGCAGCUAGCUGGGGAGGAGAGGAGGAACCAGUAUGUCACUACAGGAGAAGCUACUGAAAUAUCCCAGGCAGGUGCAGACAAAAAUCUCAAUUCCAUCAACCUCCAUGAGAAGCAAUCGACAAUUCCUACAUACAAGAUGAAUGCAAACCCCCGAGGAAUUUGCGUGAUCAUCAACAAUUCUCAGUUCUGGGCUGAAGAUGAAGGCGCUCCGGCGUUGAAUCCAAGGACCGGAAGUGACAUUGAUGCUGAUAAACUGACAGAAACAUUCUCCAGACUUCAUUUUAAGAUAGAGCGCUACAAUGAUCUGCCCUCCAACAGAAUGUCUGAAUUACUGUGGACCAUUGGCGGAGAGAGGGUCAAGGCAGAGCAUGACUGUUUUGUUUGUUGCGUGCUGUCACAUGGAAAUAGUACAGACAAGUUAUACGGUUCGGACUGCAAACUAGUUGAGGUUAAUCAACUCAAGGCCCCAUUCAGGCCCAACUGCUGCCCAAACCUGGCUCUCAAGCCCAAACUGUUCUUCCUGCAGGCGUGCCAGGGGACGGAGAAGCAGGAAGGGGUGCAAGUGCAGAUUGACUCUGCUGUCGAGGAUGAUGGACCAACUGUGACGGUGGCUAAGGAGGCUGACUUCUUGGUAGGCUAUGCAACAGCACCUGGGUAUGUGUCCUACCGCAGCAAGUCCAAAGGGUCCUGGUACAUCAGUAAGCUCACGAAGAUGCUGGAUACACAUGCACACACGGAGGACCUGCUGAGCAUUCUCACAAAGGUGAAUAACGAGGUUGGGACGGAGCUGGGGCCACAUGGGCAAAAGCAGUCACCGGCACCACAGUUCACACUCACAAAAAGGCUAAUCUUCAAGAAGUUGGACUCUACUGCAUAGACAUCAUCUGUGAUUAGAUUAUACACAGAUUAUCAACUAUAACGAAGUAGAUAUAUCCUACUUGACACAAAAUGCGGAAUGAACAGUACAGCUGCUUUUUGUUUGUUUGUUGUUAAAUGCAGCACUCAGCAGUAUUGCAGUCUGUUCAAGACAAUCCAGUGAUGGACAUAAUGAGUAUCGAUCCACACAAUUUGAAUAAGAUGACAUGCAUGAACCAAGUCAACGUGUCUGACCACCCGAUCCCUCUUACGACAAGCAGUCGAAAAGCUGCUAUUUGAGCAACAUUAUUGUUUCAGAGAAAAUGAUUAAUUUGAUUUAUUAUUUAUUUUGGGGGAAUUAGAGUUUUAAAUACCCGCAUUCCCGACUGUUUGAGAGGGGCUGUUUUUGUCUCAGAUGGCCAACUUUAAAAAGUCAUAUUGUUCGGCAUUCUUAGUGUACAUUGAUCAAUUGGAAGGGGUGCUAAUCGGGAUUGUUCACUAGCCAAUAUAUUAGCAAAUAUUGCUGUGGGCGCUUAUUACGCCGAAUACGGUAAUUGUGUUUUAUACAUGCUACGUGUUCUUACGUGUCGAACAUACAGUUGUGCAAAUUUGAAAAAAACUAGUCUCACACUUGUCAUUAUGAUCUUAAUAAUUUGAUUGUCAGAUACCCUGGAUCACAUGUCUGGGCGUUGCACCACUAGAUGAAUGUAUGAAUCCAGUCUUGUCUCUAUAUUUGAAAAUAAACUUCUAUGUGGUAUGUAA